CCAGAGGUCACCGGUCCAGUCUGGGUCACACUACACUGCACAGAUCACCGGUCCAGUCUGGGUCACACUGUACCCCUACAGUCCAGAAAUCGCAGGUCCACUCUGGGUCACACAGUGACCCCAUAGUGCUGAGACUGUGCUGUGGGCUGGCAGUGUGAAGGGGCGCAGUGCACCCCUGGGGUAUCAGCAGGGGCUGCAGGAAUAUAUGCACAGUCCUCUGCCCAGUGAGAUACAGGGGUGGCAGCUGGAGACUCCAAACAUGAUCAGUGAGGAUUUCAAGCAGCACUUCCACAAGAGAAAGAGAUUAAAUCGUGAAAAAAAUGUUCAAAGGCUGCUUCUGAACCCGUGUGGAACAGGAGAGACCUGAACAACCGGUCAGCGCCCGGCGCCCGGCCCUUCGCUGCUGACGACAGACCUGCAGCCCGCAGAGCAGCGAUAGUCCUCUCAGCUGCGGCUUCCAGAUUCCACGUUAACGCUCCUUUGACGAUCAAGCAUUCUCCGUUAAAACCCCGCUGCAGGAAGGAAGGCGCGAGUGGAGCGUGUCCGUGGGACCGGGCGGCAGUGUCGCCUUCAGCGGGCACACAGGCGGGGCCGCAGGUGCGCCAUGCGGGUGUCCGCCUGUACCUCCGGGUCGAUCUCCGCCGGAGCUCCCACAGCCGCGUGUCCUGUGCGUGCGACUCCCUUGUCAAUACGGACACUCCUUCCUUGCUCUCCCUCCAGUGUCACUUUUCUUGCCGCCCUUCUUCUGAAGUCUUAUCGCCGCCGCAAAAUAAAGCCCAUUAAAAACCGCACAAGCGCACUUUGUCACCGUGUCUGUGCGUCGCGACAGCCACCCGCAACACCAGCCGCUGCUAGAGCCCGGUACAGCCCCGCUCCUCUUCCUGCAGCUACCGGCCCUGGCAACAGCAACACCGGCGAGACCACUGUCACGCGUGGACAGGGCCGGGUGACCAUGUCGGCGGAACAGGCUGUGGGCGAGGAGGCGGGGGAUGCCGGGAUGUCGGAGGCGCAGCGCGUGGUACUGGAGCGCUGCCUGCGCGCGCUGAGGGAUGCCGGCAAUGACAGCGAGACCCUGGCCGCCCUGCUGCUGAUAACCCGGUUCUGUCCAGCCGGUCGGAUGGACCGGGCCACCCUGCGCCGCGUGUUCGAGGCGGUGGGAUUCUCUCUGCCCAACCGGCUGCUGGUUUCCGCAGCAACUGGGGGUGGGCAGUGCCCCCCAGGAGUCCUGCUGUCGCUGGGCGUGUCCCUGCUGGCUGGGUUCAGUGCCGACCCGGAACUGGCUGCUCACCCACAGCUCAUCAACAAAGUCUCGCUGCUGCUGGACCUGCUGGCCGGCAGGUGUGACUGGACCCAGGCGAGCCAGGGCUCCCAGAACCAGGCCCGUGAAGGCCAGGGGGCAGAGGAGCUCAGGUCGGAGGGCCUGGACCCAGCCUGGCAGAACCAGGGCUCCUGUGAGAGUGAGCUCAGUUCGGCCCGGGAGCCAGAGAGCUCUGCAGUGCCUGGCCAGAAUCUGGGCAGACCGGACCGAGAUGCACAACAGAGUUCUGAAGCCCAGGCCCAGUGUGGACAGCGUCAUGUGGAUCAGAGCCAGCAGAGAGGGGAAAACGCCAGGCCCGCAGAGCCGGCCCACAAGAGCAGCAAGAGAACUGAGCCGGGCGGGGACGUGGAGGAGACCCGGGAGAGCCAGACUGACCCAGAGCAGGCGUUGGUUCUGGACUGCUACGAGGCGCUGUGGGGGGUGUGUGGCUCGGCCGGGGGCCCGGCAGUCCUGCUGUCCCGGGGAGCGGUGCCGGCGCUGUGUCAGGCCUACGUCCAGAACCGGGCCCUGAGCCGUGAGAGAGCUCUGCCUCUGCUGGGACAGCUGCUUUCGGGCCCAACCAGAACUGCAGCCUGGCAGAAACACGCAGCGCAGCUGUCAGAUCUGCUGGCUCGGCGGGUCCAGGAGUUCUGCCAGGCUCCGGAUCUGCACAGGGUCGAACUGUGUGCCGGGCUACUGCAGUUCCUGCCCCCGCCUGGGGGGGCGCCACUGAGCGACGGCCUCAAGGAGAGUGUGACUGUGCUCUGGGGGGGCCUGCGGCCUCUGAUCCAGGCCCGCAUCAGCCCAGCCCAGCUAGGCUCUGUCCUGGUUCUGUCCGCUUGCAUGCUGGACCUGUGUGGCUGGGCCCCACUGGGCUCCACCCAGAUCAGCUGCCUGCUGGUCAACCGAGCCUGUGUUGAGAUCCGAAUGGGCCUGGAGGAGCCUCCUGGCACUGUCCUUGCAGAAGCACAGCAGCAGACACUCACCGCCUGCUACCGCAUCCUGGAGGCAGCCCUAGAGCAGGCCUGCAGCCUGGGGCUCUCCCAGGACCCUGCCCAGCCACAGCGCACCGACGCUGGGCUGAGUCGGCAGCAGAGCAGGCAGCUGUUCGGAGUCCUGGAAGAGGCCUUUUCUGCCAUCGUGUACUACCUGCAGCAGGUGACCCCGAGUUGCUAUGGAGACCCCUUCAUCUUCGCCACUGUCCGUGCGCUGUGCGCCUGGCUGGCGGAGGAGACGUCCUGCCUGAGAGAGGAAGUGACCGCUCUGCUUCCCUUCCUGAUUGGCUACGCCAGGGAGCAGCUGCAGGGAGCGCGAGGGGACCAGGGCCAGGCUGACCGGCCCGCGAGUGACUCCGCGCAGGGCAGCGGCUGGCCAGGAGAGGACGCCCUGAGGUUCCUUCUUCCCGCGCUGUGCCACCUGACUGCAGAGGACGGGCCCAGGGGGGUGCUGCUGUCCCUUGGGACGCCUGUCCUGCUCACAGACUUCCUGUCCCGUGGCUGGAAGAGGCUGCAGGGCGGCCGAGGUACUCGGGGGGCGCUGGGGGAUCCCGGCAUGGAGACGGCCUGCUCUGCCCUUCUGAACAUCGUUGUGACGGAGCCCAGCGCUGUCAGGACAGACGCCUGUUUCUCCUCUCUGCUGUCCCUGCUGACGGACGCGCUCUGCGCCCUCCUGCACAAACUCCAUCUGCUGGUGCUGGCUGCCAAUUUCUGCACUCUGGGGCUCCUGAUUGGCCGACUGAGACCUGGCCCAGCAGGUCCGGAUGGGGAGCCGGGUCAGCAGCGCUUCUUCUCGGCUGCUCUGCGUUUCCUGGGCCGCGCUCUGUGUGCUGACCCGGUGGGGCUCGGCCCGGCCCAGCUCAGCCCGGGGUUCUCGGAGCGCUGGGAUGAGGUGUGUGAGCUGUGGCGGCUGGGCCUGCAGGCGCUGGCCGGCUGCGUGGACGUGUUGCCGUGGUUACCUGGCCUGGCCCGAGAGGGCGGCUGGCUGGGAGACGUGUUGGCUCUCCUGGGCAGCUGCACCGCGCUGCCUGACCCCGACACGCAGGGGGCGCUGCAGGCGGCACUCACAGCCCUGGCCCUUCGCUGCCCCCUGUGCAGAGGGGAGAUCCUGGCGGUGACACGGAGUGGGACAGGGGGCGUCCUGCCCAGCAUGGCGGAGCUGCAGAGGGCCCUGACGGCCGGACCCCUGGGGUUCUCCAAAGCCGAGGACUGAUUUGUACAUCAAUAAAGAGUGGAAGCAUCCGAGCUCCUGAGCGUCUGUCUGACCCUGCGGAGAGAGGAGGGGGAGCUCGGGGCCUCCGGGAGACAGCAGGGCCGUGCAGAGUCCUGUCCUCUGUAAAAACAGCUGAAUGGACGAGUUUACCAGCAAGGAGGCCACGGUCCUGGAACCAGUGAGACGCUUUCUGCAGGGUGAAUUCCGCAAACCAAAAAAGUUAAAAUAUUUUUUAUUUAAAAAUUUCGGACACGAGAUGUAACAUGAGAUGAGCUACAUCAGCUGUUGGCUCAGGGAAGAGGGAACACUGAACUUGUAUCAGGGCAGCCUGAGAACAUCUGCCUACAGAGAGAAUGUAUUAUUAAGCUGCACAAAGAUAAAAUUAAAGAGGUGGUCAAAUGACAUGGAUGACUAGAGGCUUUAGAUGGGAGUGGUCGAUGUGUUACCGAUUGUGCAGGACAGUACAGUUCCAGGAAACCCCUGUGAGUUAUGUCUCACAGAUGCUGAUUUUCUGCUCUCUUUAUGUUUUUAGUCUGCUCCUUGCAAACUUGUUUUUUUCACUUUACACUGUUUUAAAACAUCAUGCUUACAACAGCUACAUGCAUCACUGUUAAUGUAUCUGAAUAUAAGAGCAAUAUUUUUUUAUUCAGUUUUGUAAGGUGCCUUUUAAAAGUGGCUUCUCAAAGCAGUUUACAGUAAUAAAAAUACAGUGCGGACAGAAUUGCACAAUUACAAUAAGGGUUUGGAUUACACGAGGAAAGCAAAGAGGCAGACAGAACCAGUGACAUCAAAACUUAAAGAAGAAGGAAGGAAAGAAGUCAAUAUUGAAGGACUGUAAUAGUGAUUAGACGAUUUAUAAAAAAGCUUCUAGUUCCUGUUUAUGAACAGUCUUUCCUGGGCCACGGUUAGUCACUCCUGCAAACUCGUGAUAAGACCUAACCGUACAUGCAAUACCUCCAGUGUCACCAGAGGUCGCUCUAAACGCGUUUGUCACUGAUCGAGAUUGUCCUGCGUUUCCCCCGAUGACCGAUAGAUGGAGCUAGCCCACCGUUCUUUGUGUGAAAAAACUGCACUCGGCUGGAAGUUCGAAAAAAUACAUGCAACUGUUUAUUGUGACAAAACUAUUUAGAUGUUCAGCCGAUAUGAUUCUUUCUCCUUAUGUACACUUCUUUCACACCUCUCAGUCUGAGAUCUAAAUUCAAAGAGCUUUAUUGGAAAAGUCUCUUACAUCUGUCCCCUGACUCAUCUCAGUCCGGCUGGCCCCCAGUGUAUAUAAAGGGAGAUGUUGACUGUCAUGCACGGUGGCGCUAACUGAACUGGCUUCUGCGAGAAAACAACCUCCUUCCAGAACAGGUCUCUCGACCUCCAGCUCACUGACGGUCUUGUCCGGUGAGUUCUGGACAGAGACACAAUCCAACAUCCCCUGCUAAUCUUUCUUAUAACGUGUCGGCAUUGUGAAAAGAUUAUUCUCUUUCUCUUUAACUCUUGUCUGCUGAUUGAUGGAACUGCAACCAAUUGGCAAAUAUUUGCAUAAACAACACAAGCAAGACCAGUAUUUCCAUAUUUAACAAAACAGUCUGAGAACUUGCUCAAAAUAAAACCACUCCAAAUUCCCAAUAUGCAGGUCACAGGGAUUUAAAAGAACAGUUUUUCUCUCUGUGUGUAAAGUGCCAUUGUUUUAUCUUCCUCUCUAGGUAAGAAUACACAGUAACAUUGGUUACAGACUAGAGCAGCCGUUCAGUCAGUUUGGCCUGUUUGGCAGUCAGUAGCUAAUUUAGCCCAGAAUUUCAUUCAGCAAUACCCCUCUUCUGGAAUAAAAAGAACUAUAAAAUCUC